CAAACUCGCCCGCUCUCCGAACGCAGCUCGCUGCCACUCGUCCCUAAACGCGCGGUUCACCACCGGCGGAGCUUGACCUGUUGUCGGUGGUCGCACACGGAGGACAGAAGCGAUCCCCGCUGGAGGAUAAGAGCCCCGGCUGGGAAAGUUUGAAGGAGACGAGCGGGGGUGGGGGCAAAGCUGCCUGACUGAACUUCCACCACCGAGCAGCCCCGGAAGGGAUCGGGAGGAGGAGGACGAGGAGGAGCCAACAGGUCCCAGAUCUCCGCAUCCAGAAGACGGGCCGGUCCGAGCAAUCGAUGCGGGCAGUCUGCCGGCCGGAUGCCCACUCGGCUGAACAGCACAUCGCUUAAUCAGUCUGAACUUCAACACAUAAAAAGCUGCUGCCGACCACCAGAGAAGCUGAGAGGAGGAGGCCCAUCGCGGGAGAACAUGGUGGCAUCAUGUGAUCUGAGCUCCCCGUAGUGGAAGCGUGCAACCACCAACAUCAGCAUCACCUCUAUCUGCACGUCCGACUGCGGUUAUCAACGUCGCCAAGAUAAGGAAUGGCCUCCCUAUAAGCCUGUUUCACAAUAGCACAGCACACAAAGAUCAAAACACCCUGGAGCCCCCUUUUAUAUUCCAAGCAUUGUUUCCUGAAUAACUCAGCCCUCAACUGGAUUGUAACCUUGGUGACAAACCCGGUGACUAGUUUGUGACCUUCGCCGGACACUGUGUUGGAUUACGUGCUAAUCCAGCAUUCCCAUGGGGGAUUAAAUCCGACCAGUAAACGACACUGACUCCGUUUUGGCUCUGUUACAAAAUCACAGAGGGGUUUUCUUCAGUGAGUGACACACGUCAUGGCUGGAAAGGGCAACCCGAUGCCGGGCCCGCACUUAAAUGGCUUCCCGAUGCCCACCUACUCCUACUUCUUCCCACACAUGUUGGGGAGUCUGUCGCCUCCAGCACUGCCAGGACUUCCUCUCAGCGGCUACAGCACACCCUCGCCAGCCACAAUAGAGACGCAGAGUACCAGCUCGGAGGAAAUAGUGCCAAGCCCGCCCUCACCUCCCCCCCCACCCCGCGUCUACAAGCCCUGCUUUGUGUGCCAGGACAAGUCCUCAGGGUACCACUAUGGUGUCAGCGCCUGUGAAGGCUGCAAGGGCUUCUUCCGGAGAAGCAUCCAGAAAAACAUGGUGUACACUUGUCACCGUGAGAAAAACUGCAUCAUUAACAAAGUCACCCGAAAUCGCUGCCAGUACUGUCGGCUUCAGAAGUGCCUGGAAGUCGGAAUGUCCAAGGAGUCUGUGAGAAAUGACCGGAACAAGAAGAAGAAAGAUGAAAAGAAGCAAGAAUGCACAGAGAGCUACGUGCUGAGUCCCGACACGGAACAGAUGAUUGACAGGGUCCGAAAGGCCCACAAGGAAACGUUCCCUUCCCUCUGCCAGCUCGGCAAAUACACUACGAACAACAGCUCAGAGCGACGUGUGUCCUUGGAUGUUGACCUCUGGGACAAGUUCAGCGAGCUUUCCACCAAAUGCAUCAUCAAGACGGUGGAAUUCGCCAAGCAGCUUCCCGGCUUCACGACGCUCACUAUCGCCGACCAGAUCACCCUGCUCAAAGCCGCCUGUCUGGACAUCCUGAUACUGCGGAUCUGUACACGCUACACCCCAGAGCAAGACACCAUGACAUUCUCAGACGGACUCACGCUAAACCGAACCCAGAUGCACAACGCCGGCUUCGGACCGCUCACUGACCUGGUCUUCGCCUUCGCUAACCAGCUGAUCCCGCUGGAGAUGGACGAUGCCGAGACAGGCCUGCUUAGCGCCAUCUGUCUGCUGUGUGGAGAUCGUCAGGAUCUGGAACAAGCAGAGAAGGUGGAUGUCCUUCAGGAACCUCUUCUGGAGGCGCUCAAAAUCUACGUGAGGAAGAGGAGACCUCACAAACCGCACAUGUUCCCUAAGAUGCUGAUGAAGAUUACAGACCUGAGGAGCAUCAGCGCUAAAGGGGCAGAGCGUGUCAUUACCCUGAAAAUGGAAAUCCCGGGCUCUAUGCCUCCCCUCAUCCAGGAGAUGUUGGAGAACUCCGAGGGCUUGGAGAGUGGCGCUGCCUCGGGCGGCCGUCCUUGCGGCACUCCGACGGGCAGCUGCAGCCCCAGUCUGUCCCCGAGCUCCGCCCAAAGCAGUCCAGCCACACAAUCGCCGUAGUAACGGCCCACCUUGGGGUUUUUUUGUGUUUUUUGUUUGUUUUCCACUCACACCGGUCAGUCAGAGGAGGGGUGAAGGAGGAAUAUUGACUGCUGAGGGAAGGAGUCCUUCUUCUUCCCGGUCUGCUUUUUCUCACACAAGGGGAGGUACGGCCGGGGGACGCCGUGCCGCCACCCAGAGACCACGCCGUAAACACUGCUGAUGACCCCCUCUCUUCCUCCUCCUCACUCCACCGCUCUUCCUCCACCUUUCUCCAGAAGGCUGUUGGAAAGUCACGUGAAUGCAGUGUGCAACACAGGAAAUGAGAGCGGCAGAGAUGGGAAGUGACAGACCUCUGGGCAGAUUUGACAAACACCAGACACUUUUUUGUUGUUGUUGUUGUUAUUGUUGUCGUUGCUGUUUAUGAUGCAGACUACAAGCUCGGGACUUGUCAAAAGACCCUCCUCCAACUGCUCUUCCUCCUCAGAGAUUCUGGGUCUUUUCCCUUUUCCCAGCUUCAAAAAAAAAAAACUGAUUUCGUACACAAAGAUAUAUAUAUAAAUAUAUAGAAAACUUAAGGAACUAUCAUGAUUGAAUGGAAGUUUAAAACGAGGACGUGUUCUCUGAGAUUAAAGAUUGUUGUACUCCCUCACUGUUUGUACCCAUCAUGGGGACAAAAGUUAGUUUGAUCACAUGUGUACAUUAUUCUAAUUAACAAAAAAAAAGUAAAAGAGAAUGACAUUUCUUCCAGUACUCAGAUGACGACACACAUACACAUACACACACACAUACUAAUGUGCACAGAAAACAAGUUGCAAUGAAAUGAGCAUCUAUUCCUCCUCUUCCAGGUUCUUUCUUAUUUUAUUGCCUCCGGGAACAUGGAUAAAAAAUGAUUGUAUGAACUUGGUUGUAUGAUAUCGUCACAGGUCCUUUCAAGAAAUCCAAUUAAUGAAGAUUCAUUAUUAAGGUGUAUUUUAAGUAGCCUUUUGAGUUUGUGUAUAUAUGCUGUAUUAAUUUCUUAAAAACUAUGAAGAGUUUUAGGCUUCACAUGAUUUUCUUUUUUUUAAGAAUACCCUUUAUGUGUUUUGUUCAUGGGUUUGUGAUUCAAGAAAAAAAUUUGAGCACACUUUACUGAAGGAAGUUCUUUCACGUUACGUGUCAUACUAAAUACUGGACGGACCCUUAACCCCCAUCACUGGCUGUCCAUAAUGUGGUGUUCACAAACACCCCUCCGUGUGUGUCCAUAACAUCAAUGACUACAGUAGCACUCCAGCAUUUUUGGGCCAUGUAGCAGAAACAAAUGUGUAGUUGGCUCUCUUCAAUUUAAAAAAAAUAGAGUGGAGGCCACUUGUAGCUUGCCAGGCUCAGGUUUGCAGCUUCAGAGUUCAAAUGUGAAGAAUGGUGUGCUGUACACACUGUUUUUAAACACAAAUGAUUCUCACCAAUUGCUGAUUAGGUCGCAAACAUACAGUGCAGGGGUAGGGAACCGUUUUGCUGUUCAGUUGUGCCUUGAGAUACAAGAGACCUUAAAGGAGAAAAUUGGCAAAUUAAAGCAUGAAAUUAUGAUGCAGAAACUCUGAUUUGCAUUCUUUUAUGAAAAAAUUCUCAAUAUGGUUUCAUAAACUACAUUAAUUUCAAUAGAGGUAAAAUUGUGCUAAAAAGAUUAGUCACAAAAGAAGCUUGCAUCUCAAGGCACUACUGUUUUAUUAAAUUGGUAAAAGGCCAUCGUAAAUUUUUUUUAUGGGGGGGGGACUGAUCAAAUGUACAAUAUUUUGGGUCUUUUGAUGACAGUUCCUGUACGGGUUUAAUGUGCUUUUUUUUUUUUUGGGCCGGAUCAAAUGUUCCUUCAGCCUUAUAGCUUCCCUACCCCUAAUAUUGUAGAUAUGAAAAGAUUUCAUUACAGUGGCGAGACAUGAUUUGUACCCCUUCAAGAAUGACUUUUGAAACAACCCUGCACCCUGUGAUCACUUUACGCCAAAACGCCUUCACUUCCAUUGUCAUUAGACCAUCAUUACUGUACACACACGCACGCCAACGUCUCAGGAAGGAAUCAUUUUGUAUGCUUGGCCUCUCCUUUGUAUAUGUUCUGUACUGCACUCCCCUCCAUCACACACACUCUGCUACUGAGCCCCGAUAUUUUCCUUCAGCACACAAGAAAAACUGAAAGAGACCCAACAACAUCUGUAUGGUUCAAGCUGCUUCCCUCGUUAUGCGGGACUGUACGAAAGAGCGCACAACUUGACUCUCUCUCCACGGCUCAUCUGGAUAACACACAUUUGAGAAGUAUGGAAUAUGUUGCAAUUUUUUUGUCAAGAUUAUCAAGCGACUUUGGGAAAAAAAGAAGAAAGAAAACAAAAAAAAUCUCUAAAAAAAAAAAAAUAAUAAAACCAACAUUUAAUAAUACACCAUUGUGUUUGGGUGUUCUAUGUAAUAUGAUUGUAACUUGGGAAGUUACCGUAUUUCACAUGUUUGUAGUGAAAAUGAUUUUUAAACAAAUCUUUUACAUUUACCUGUAAGGGGUGUUGAUCACCAAUUUCAUGAUGACGCGUUUUUUUCGGGGGGGACAAUGAUGGGGAUAUUUUCCGAUAUUACACAUUGCCACAAGUCCAUUCAAGGACCUUUGCUCCGUUUAAUAUUAUAUUACUCACAAUAUUACUUAUUGUUAACAGAUUCGGCAAUAUUUCACCGGAAAAAAUAUUAACUACAAUUUGACUGUUGAAACGGUAAAAACAUUUGUAUGAA